UAUGUGCGGAAAUUUGCGGAUGUAGUUGUAAUCGUCAAAAUACUAAUGCCUUCUUAUUUUUUUUUCGUCUUUCGUAAUUGUUUACAGUUUUCACUGUUCAUUUAAUUAAUAUUAUUUAAAACAAUUGUAAUUAUGCUGUAUUUGUUUUCAAUUUUUGAUUUCAUUCUCAAAGGCGAUUCGUAUCAGUGUGUGCUUUCAAGACUGCAUAUUUUUAAUUUAAGGUGCAUAAAAAUGGAUAGCAAUGCAAAGAAGUUAGAGAAAAUGGUCGACGUUGUUUAAUAUGAUAUUGAGAAUAAUGGCUGUAUACCUGAAUUGAAGGAAGUUUUUAUAACGAUUGGCUGCAUACAUAAGUGAAAAAAAUUGAUGGUUUUCGGACUCGUUAUGAUCGCAAAAAAUCUGCAAACCUCCAACACCAAUAUGAUUGGCUGAAUGUAAAGGAGCUAAUUGUAAAUCGACCGAAAAUACAUCUCAGCAAAUAGCGGAAAGUGCUUGUCGGGGUCUGCAGGGAAAACAAAGCGAAGCCGCAUAGCUCACCUGACCGAAAGAGAUGAGUCCGCUGUUUCUGCUUUGCGCAAUGAACGUCAAAUGCAAAAAAAAACAAGAUACCGAGAGAUUAUUUCUGUAGACGAAUCUCAUGCUGAAGUCGAAUCAAGUUGCAAAGUUUAUUAGACAAUACAGCAUAGAACAUAUUGGGAAAUUCAAGGGAAUGUAGUCGAAUCAACCACGGGUGAUUCAAUUUGAAUUGGAAAAUGGUGAUUUGAUGGAAGUACAGCUCAUAGUGAACUACUAAGUGACGCACACGAUCCAGUGUAUAUGGAUGCCUAUAACCGGUCCAUUUCGAAUCCUGAAGAAUUUUGGAGUGAUCUUGGACGCUUAAUCGAUUGGCACAAGCCAUGGGAUCGUGUUAUGGAUAAUAGAAAUCCACCAUUUACGAAGUGGUAUUGUGGUGGUUAUGUAAAUGCUUGCUAUAAUGCUGUGGAUCGACAUGUACUCAAUGGUAAUGGCAAUAAAGUGGCGCUUAUAUACGAUAGUCCAUUGACGAAUACUAUACGUCAUGUCACCUACCAAGAGCUUUAUGAUGAGGUCUCAGCUUUUGCUGGCGGUCUCGCAAGUUUAGGAUUGCAGAAAGGCGAUCGCGUCGUUAUCUACAUGCCACUGAUACCAGAAGCAAUUGUCGCUAUGUUGGCCACGGUGCGACUUGGUGCUGUGCACUCUGUGGUAUUUGGUGGCUUCGCUGCCAAUGAACUUUGUAUGCGUAUUGAACAUGCUGAACCGAAAUUUAUACUUUCGGCGAACUGUGGUGUCGAACCUCGUAAGGUUGUACCCUAUUUAGACAUAUUGCAUGCGGCUGUCGAAAUGUCAAAAUGGAAACCAAUUUGUAAUAUCGUACACAUACGCGAAAAUAUUUUGCGGAGCGGUAAUUUGGAUUGGAAAACUGAUAUGUUGUGGGAGACGGUACAACAUUUAGGUCAACCAAUCGAUUGUGUGCCCGUCGAGGCUAAUGAUCCGCUCUACAUACUCUACACCUCGGGUACUACGGACAAACCGAAGGGUGUGCAGCGACCAACCGGUGGACAUUUGGUGUCACUGAUGUAUACGAUUCAAAAGAUCUACGGCCUUAGUCCGUCUGAUGUGUGGUGGGCUGCCUCGGACUUGGGUUGGGUUGUUGGACAUUCCUAUAUGUGCUAUGGUCCACUAUUACUUGGCGCAACAAGCGUUAUGUAUGAGGGCAAACCAGAUCGUACACCUGAUCCGGGCCAGUACUUCAGAAUUAUAGAACAACAUCGCGUCAAUGCGCUCUUUUCUGUGCCAACUUCUUUCCGUGUUAUACGUCGUGUUGAUCCAGAUGUUAUAUAUGGACAAAAGUAUUCUCUUAAAUCUCUGCGUAACAUAUUCAUUGCUGGUGAACACUGCGAUAUCGAGACAAAAAACUGGAUAGAACGUGUUUUUAAAGUUCCAGUAUUGAAUCAUUGGUGGCAAACCGAGUCGGGCUCGCCAGUUACUGCGACUUGUACCGGUUUUAAACACAGCCUGAACCCGCCAAAGUACACAACUGGUUUGCCAUACCUUGGCUAUAAUAUUAAGGUCCUAAAACCCGACGGUGAAGAAUGUGAGACCGCGAAGUUGGGUCGCAUCGCUUUGAAAUUGCCGCUUCCGCCUGGAUUCAUGUCGACACUUUAUAAAAAUGACGUACUCUUCAAGAAAACUUAUUUCCAGAAAUAUCCGGGCUACUACGAUACAAUGGAUGCUGGUUAUAAGGAUGAAAAUGAUUAUAUUUUUGUAACGGCACGUGAUGAUGAUGUCAUCAAUGUCGCUGGUCAUCGUAUUUCAACAUCAAGUUUAGAAGAUGCGGUUUUACGUCAUCCCGAUAUAGUUGACGCCGCUGUAUUUGGUGUGCCCGAAGCGACCAAAGGGCAGGUACCACUUUGUCUUUAUAUACCAAAGGAUAAUAGUAAGAGGACUGGUGCGAAACUCUCAUUAGAAAUCGUUAAAAUUAUACGUGAUGUUGUUGGGCCUAUCGCCGCUUUUCGCUUAGUGGCGCCCGUGGAGGCAUUACCACGUACACGGUCGGGCAAGACAAUGCGUCGGGUAAUGGCAGAUUUUGCAAAGAAUCAGUUGGUAGAAAUACCGUCUACAAUUGAAGAUCCGACAGUGUUUGCUGGCUUGCGACGAGCAUUACAAACUUUGGGUUACGCAAUGAAUGCGCCGGAUCCUACGUUGACUACUAAAACGAGUUCUGAGAAUUGAAGGGAUUUAGCGGUAACAAGAAAUUAGUACAUACCUAACAUAUGUACUGUUAUUUUAAAGGUUAUUGUAUAUUUAUAUAUAUGGUAAUGUAGAACGAAUAUAAAAUUGACUACGAAGUCGAUUUCCUUUCUUUUUUUUUUUUUUUGAUUUCAUUUUAAAAUACUUUUUAUGAGGAGUUUUUAAUGUAGUUAUUGUUGCUGUAAUAAGUAAAAGGAGUUCAGUAAUUG